GCACCAUCCCGCGCACAGAGCAGCAAGACUACGUGGUACCUACACCCACACACAUUCCACAGGAUCUGCCAGCAAUGGGCACCAGCAGUGCAAAUUCCGUAUGCACCACAGCUCGACCUCCCACAGCUACAAAUCACCCAACCGCUAUAUCACCAGUGGCCACACGGCCAGCAUCUCCUCUGCAUCCCACCAUGGCAUAUGAUCCUAGCCAUCCUACAGAAGAUUCAACGUGAACACCUACACAACGUUGUUCUUCUUGUCCCCUAUUGGCCAUCCGCUCCAUGGUUCCCGAUACUUCUACAGCUCCAACAGGGCCAACUACUGCACAUUCCCCCCGACCACAUUUGCCCAACCAGCACAACACAACAACAUCCACUAGGCCGCAACCCCCAGUGGUCCCUCAUCGCCUGCUGCGUCAGCGCCAGCAACUAGCAGAAGCUGGACUAAGCAGUGAUGCUAUCUCAAUUGCACUCCACCCAGCAGCACAAACAGCCCGAACCCGAGCCUAUUCUUCUAUCCAGGACCGGUUCAGUACCUGGUGUGAGGAACGAUCCAUUCAGGCUACAAAAGCAGCAGCAGCCGACAUCGUUAAUUUCCUUGCAGAAGGACGGGUCCACCUACACUGGGAGCCGAGCACUAUCCUUAACUACAGAUCCGCACUUCUUGAUAUGCAAGAUGACCCCUCACGACUCACCCACUCUGGGGCAUUCUCAGCAUUCUUCACUGCUAUUGAUCGCUCUGCACUACUCUCAUUCGACAAAUCUGCACCAGAUAUCUCCCCUAUCCUUACUAGUUUCCGCUCACUUGGCCCAUCUGCAACUCUCUCUAUACCAGACCUUACACGCAAAUUGUGCUGGCUCCUCGCUGUCACUGGCUUUAUGCGCCCAUCAGACAUUGCCAGAAUUGAUGCUUCCCGAUUAGCCAUACACGCAGAUCACGCUUACCUAAUAAUUGUUGCUCCUAAGGAACUACGCAGAGGUCGCCGAAUCGAACGGCCAGUCCACAUCCAUAGGCAUCCAGACCCUCUCAUUUGCCCUGUGGACUGCUUAACGGCUUACAAAGCCAAUAUACUCGAUAUAUAUCCAGCAGCCCCAGCAACUCACCCGACGGCCCCUCAUCUCAAAUUCACACCACUUAUCCAUGAUCAACGACGCCCCUUCCAUGGUAUUGGCACUCAACGCAUCUCCAAACAUAUACAGGCCAUUAUGUCCCUUAUCACUUCCUCUCGCCGAAUCUCAGGGAGGUCCCUUGGCUCAGACGCUGCCUCUAAACAUGGAGUCUCUCUUGACGAAGUACUGACACAAGGUUUUUGGUCUGCGGCAGGGGUCUUUGAUACCCACUACCGCAUUAACCGCCGCUCACAGACCAACCUGACGACACUUGCUCUGCAAGCACCUUCUCCACAUACCAGCAGUCACUGCUGUGAUGACUAAUGUCAUCCUGAACGAACGUCUCGUGACGUUCUGGAAACAUUAGUCGAACAGCAGUGACUGCUGCCCUCCCUCCUCUCCCUCUCUUCUGAAAAAUUUUCCGGUAAGGAGCUCAUCCAUAGAGGUACUAGCUCCCUUUUUUUAUAUGUGUCGGAUGAUACUCAGAAGCUCACCCUCCACGUUUCAUUUAUGAUUUCAUCUAAAAUUUCAUUUUAAAUUUCUAUCUUAAUUUCAGUCUUUAAUACAGAAAGGUUCCC